CGGAGCCAAUCAACAAAUAUCUCUUAACGCUUCUCUCUCUCUCUCUCUCUCUCUCUCUCUCAUCCAUCUUCUGUUUCAUCUGCCUUUGCGCACUUUUGGGAGAGGAGGGUCUCUCUCUCUAUCUCACUUCUUUAUCAGACGAACCAACCCUCAAUUUCUUAUUUGCACUCAUGGUUCUUCUGAUGCCUCACCUGAAAUCUUCAUUUGUUGUGUGAACUUUUCUCUGUUAAGGUUCUAUGAUAAUGGGUAGAGGUAGGGGAAAGGGAAAAAAGUUUUCAGCUGCUAAUCAUGAAGAUGCUGGAAGCGGUGAAGAAGAAAAAAUUCCGGUACAGAAGAAAAGGGGAAGGCCACAAAAACCAUUGAAGGAUGAGAUUGACGAAGAAGAAUUUGAAAAAGUUGAAGAGGAAGACAGUGAGAAUACAAAAAAUGGUGUCUUGAGCAAAGAGACGAAAAGUUCAGUAGCAGCAGAGAAUGGAAAGAAGAGGAAGCGGAAUUUGCAGGCAAAAGAGAAGCCAGAUUCAAUCAAAGUGGAAAAUGGUGUUGGAACGAGAUCAAGCACUGAUGACUCGACAAAGUCCAAUGGUUUUCGUCAUAAUGGAAGCAGGCGGAAAAGUAAGCCUCGCCGAGCAGCCGAAGCAGGUGUUGAGUGCAAGUAAUAUGAUUGAUGGCUAGCAUUUGCAGUUGAUUUCGUCCUUUUUGCGUGUUGGACAAAUCAUGGGAUGAGUGAAGCGCCUAGUGAAUCUCUAGUUUCGUUUUGUUGUUUCGUUGUUGCUCCUCGUUUUGGUAAUUCCUUUUUUUGAAUUCCUUCUUGAUUUUAGUUGGAAGGUCUGGAAAUGAUCAUACUGGUUGCAGUCUUCCUUGAUCUAUUAUAUUUGAUACUUUCACUAGUCUCUUGUAUUAAAUUUUUUACAUGCCAUGCUUAUGCAGUUUCUUUAA